AUGACUAUGAUACUUUAUGAAGUCCUAAGGUUAUAUCCACCAGUGAUUGCUAAUUAUCAACAUACAUACAAGGAAACCAAGAUAGGAGAUAUAUCCCUUCCAGCCGGUGUUGAUGUUACGCUACCUACAUUACUUAUCCAUCAUGAUCCUGAACUCUGGGGCAGUGAUGUAGAAGAGUUCAAACCUGAAAGGUUCUCUGAAGGAGUUUCAAGGGCAUCUAAAGACCAGCUAGCAUUCUUUCCCUUUGGAUGGGGCCCAAGGACCUGUAUUGGCCAAAAUUUUGCCAUGAUAGAAGCUAAGGUAGCUUUGGCCAUGAUUUUACAACAUUUCUCGUUUGAACUCUGUGUGUCCUACACUCAUGCUCCUAAUACUGUUAUGACUCUUCAACCACAACAUGGAGCUCAGGUUACAUUACACAAACUUUGAGGAGUCAAUUAGGCUAGUCUGAGUGUCGAAGGUUUGAAUUAUGUAUCGAAAUAAUGUGACUUUGCAUCACAACAGAAUAUCUGGUUUUGUGUUUGUAAGAGUGUUUUUACAUCCAAUAAAAAGAGUGUUUUCACAUCUUUUGGAACAAA